AGGAAUUCAGUCCGUUUGAGGGAGUGGGCAAGGCGCUGGUAUUCAUGUAGGAGGAAAUACAUUGAAAUAUAAAAGUUCAGCUGCAGAUCUGGCUUAAACAUCCCUUUCCCACCCCCUCCCCCAUCCCCUCUCCCUUCCCCCACCCCUCCCUGCCUCCUGUCCCCACCGUAACGAUGGAGGAGAACAUGGAGGAGGACCCCAGCUACCAGCCCCUGAUGAUGGACGAUCACAACCACAACAACUGGGAGGCCAACGCGGACGCUUAUCACCAUCAGCAACAACAACAUCGCCAUCAACACCACAGCCACCAUCACCCCAGCCAGCCCGCUCUGUCCGAGCCGGGGGGCACGCCGCGAGCACAGCAGGAUCCCAAAGUGCUCCUUCCGCAUCCAAUGCCUCUUAAUGGGGAAGAGCGAGGGCCGGCAUCGCACAGGGAGCCUGACGCCGAGCCCGUGGCCGGCAAAGUAACCUUGAAUAUCAACAGCUCGGCCUCCAAGUUCUUGAUGAACGUUAUAACAACAGAAGACUACCAGCGUACUUACUGGCCAAAAUUGGACAGUGCCAUUGAUCAGCUUUUGACACAGUCUCCUGGAGACUGCAUACCUAUAUCUUACGAGCAAAUCUACAGCUGUGUUUACAAGUGUGUGUGCCAGCAGCAUUCAGAGCAGAUGUACUGUGACCUCAUCACAAAGAUAACCAUUCACUUAAGACGAGUCUCAGAGGAGCUGCAGGUCAGCUGUCCAGACGCAUACAUUGAGAGGUUUAAUGCAGCACUCAGCCAGUACAUGGGAGCUCUACAGAGCAUUGUGCCUCUAUUCAUUUACAUGAACAAAUUUUACAUUGAAACCAAACUUAACAGAGAUUUGAAAGAUGACCUCAUAAAGUUGUUUACAGAACAGGUUGCAGAAAAGCAUGUUCCUACCUUAAUGCCUUUACUAAUAGAAGCUCAGUCAACUCCAUUUAAGGUCACCCCUUCAACCAUGGCAAAUAUAGUUAAAGGCUUAUAUACACUUCGACCUGAUUGGGCACAGCUGGCACCUAGUCUCUUUUCUAAAUUUAUCCCAAAUAUCCUUCCCCCUGCUUUGGAAUCCAAGCUCUCAGAAUAUGCUGCUCAAGACCAAAAACUCCAGCGAGAACUGAUACAGAAUGGCUUUGCCAGAGGGGAUCAGUCGCGGAAAAGAGCUGGAGAGGAGCUAAUGUUCAAUGGGUCAGCAUCAACAUCAUCAUGUGCAAAUACAAGGGGAUUCAGAUAGUGAAAAACUGAAGACUUGUUUUUUCUUGCCUUGGAAGAAGGACAAAACUGAAAGGCUCUUAAACCGUGCAGGGAGUCAUGCAAUGGAGGGGCAUUUGCUGAAGUUCAAGCCUGUUUUACUCUUGCCCUCCUUUCUUAAGAGAAGGACUUGUCAUCUUUUAAGUUUUGUUUCUGAUGAUCAUGCUGCUAACAGACUUGGGAAUAUUCUUUCCAAAGGCUCAUUUCUAUGGUGUUGUGCCUGGACUGGUUGUAUAGUGUAAAAGUUCAUAUUGAGUGAACUUCAGCAUCCUAGCAAUGGUUUUUGAAUGGAAUUUAAUCCUUUUUUGCAAGAAGCACAGUUUCCAGCAAUCUUCUAACAUGCUUGCCAUUUUCAUGACUUCUAAUCAUCCAAACACCCUGAUUAAAGGUGCUCCCUGUUCUGCCAUGUUGGCCAGGGAAUUUUUUUUGUCUUUAAUUCCUGAGCGUUUGUUCAAUUUCUGAGAUUUUGUAAUUCUGUCUUUACUGUCCACGUCAGCCCCUGUUCUCACCGAAUUGUGUGUUUUAAAACUGUUAGAACACUCCUCUGUCAGGAUCUUUACUAAAUCUACUACAUUUGCAACUAAGUGGUUUCACAAUAGUGAGAAGUCAUGCAUAUUCAACUAUGGAUAUAUGGUGAUACAGGGAUUUUUUGUUUUUUAAAAAAAAUCUUGAGAAUUCAUUUUUGUUGGUAAAGGAUUAACCAAAACGGUAUGCACAGCAGUAAUCAUAAUUAGUCUUAAAACCCAAACUACAUAUGUGAAGCCUCAUUUGCGUCAUUUUCAUUGAAUGUAUUUUUUAUUGAAUACAGUAUCAGUCAAUAUUUAUGUAACACUCUACUAAAUAAUGACUAAGCCACCGUACCAAUUCUGAAGCAUUUUAUCAAUUUUAGUAUUGUGAUAUAUUUUGCUAUUGUAGAUAUUUGACUGCGUGAAGACUGUGCCAUUUUUUACCUUAUUCCCCUUGCCUAUCAUUUUGAAUCUGGAUAAUUGAGCAGGAGUGAGUAUGUGAAGUAUUUUUUCCUCAUAUAGUUGGUCUGCUGUAUUAAAUCUGAGCAGUUAAUGUGUCAUUGCAUUUACUAUUGUUUUCAAUAUUACCUGCUGCCUCAUUGCGAAGGACAUGAAUUUUCAGGAAAGGACAAAAGCACAAGAGGGAAGAUGUCCUAACAAUUUCGCAUUUAGUAAUAUCCUGCUAUUACUCUUAUUUCAUGGGUAACUUUCUAAGUUGGUUUAGUAUGACUAAAAAUCUCAGCAAAAAUGUGAGACAACAAAUAAUUGUAAUUUUGGGUUAAAAUUGAGCAACUCUUGCCUGUUUGGCUAUAGCAGUUAUUUCAAUUGUGCAAUAAAACCCAAAAUUGGUUUUGGUUAUUAGAUAACUUUUUUUUUGCUCAUUUGUGUAAGUAUUUUAGUAGUAGCUUACCUUUGUAGCCUUUAAUUGCAACCUGUUUGUAUAACAUAAAUAAUGCAGUAGAUUUUUACCUGUGAGUGACAUGUUAAUGGUAAGGCAUAACCAUGAAAAUCAGAGUUAACCCAUGGUCCCCGUAGAUGUAGACAUCUAUUUAAACUAAUAUCCAAGUGUUGCAAAGUGUAAUUUCUCAUUCUACAAAGCAAUGGAGUAUGACUCCUCAGCAGGCAGUCUAAAAUGCUUCUAAAAAGCCACUUCCAUGUUAGAAGACAUGUUUAACAUUCUAGAUGAAUUGUCUGUUAAUUUGAAACAUAAUGAUCUGUUUCCCAGAUCCCAACACCCUUUGUGACCACAAUAAAAAAUUGGGGUUCAUUGACAAAAAAUUUGAACAGGACUCUAUGCAUUUGGUCAAACUGAUCUUGUGGCCCUAACAAACCAGUGAAUGUUAUUCCAGUUCCAAAUUCUUCUUAAUAAUGCUUCCAGCUAUUUUUGCUUAAUUUUGAGAGAUGUUUACAGAUACAUAUUUUAAUUCCAAUCCUUUCCCCAUCCUUUACUAUUUGUAAGGAUUUCCCAUG